AUGGAUAGCUUCCAAUUUAAUAAAAUAAAUGAAAAAUUAAAGAUUAAUUUUUUAUUAAAUCCUUUGGGUUUUCCAGAAAGUUAUGAUAAUUAUUCAACAAUAACUAAUUUUAUUCCAAAUAAUAAUAAAAAUAAUAGUAAUAAUAAUAAUAAUAAUAUUAAUACAAAUAUAAAAUCAAUUAUCCCAAAAAGUCCAAAAAUUACAAAAUUUAAACAAAAAAAAAUUAGUUUAAAAAAAGAAAAAUCACAAAAAAAAAUAAUAAAUGACCAAUUGAAAAUUGAUAUCAAAUGUAAAAAAUGUAAUUGUCCCCCAUCUUUCAGACAUGACAAAAAACGAUGGUGGUGUGGUAAAUGUGAGAAGCCUUUUACUCCAAUCUCUUUUAAUAUUUUAACAAGAGAUAAUUUUGAAAAAAAUAAAAAAUAA